AUGGCAUUCAACAUCAAAGCAUCUCAACCUUCUGUGAGCGAACGACGAGGCCACCAAUUAACCCCCUUACAGACGAACUUCAGCCGACCAACCUCUCAAGUGAUAAAUAUCGCAUCGCCGCGGGUACAGCGUCCAAGACCGACAGAUUACGACAAUGACCAGACAGAACGAGUUCCAUUGCAGCCUGCGCGUGUCAAGCGACAGUCAUCCCGGUCUAGUCUCCGGCACCUCUUCAGCCGCGAAAAAUCUGCUAGGAAAUCAACCGACGCUAAGCUUUCUGGCAUUGAAGAGGUUCAGGACCCGGUAAGCCAGGCUCCGGCUGGAUCAACCGCUCCAUUAUCGCCAAGAUCUUGUGAUACGCCGCGGGCAUCAGCCUCCAAUUUCCCGCCAGAAACACCUACCCAGUCAACAGAAUCUCGAGUCAAGCUGCAACAGACGCAUAGGUCGAGAACAACUGGUGAAGAGGAUUCUACCGUGGAAGAUGUGACAUGGAAGCCGCCACCACUCUUCAAGGCUUAUCCUCAAGGCCUGAAGCAUGCGACUCUCCCAGCCCCGGCCCUAUCAGGCGAUGCUAUUAUGCGCUUACAUGCCCCAUUCAAGGCAAAAGGGACAAGUCUCCAGGACGAUGAUCAACAAGUCGGCCAGCCAGCAAACGAAGAGCCUUCGGAAGAUUCUGUGGCGCGCAAGAAGAAGCUUGACAAGGAGAAGCAAAAGUACCUGCGUGCUCUGUCCGACAAUAUCGAGAAGACCGAAUGGACCCGCAAAGUGUAUAUUCUCGCCACGUCUGGAUAUAUCUUGCAAUACUCCGGCGAGGGCAAGCAUGACAGACUACCCGAAAGAAUGCUCCUCCUCGGACCCAAGUCUGUGGCAUUUGCUAGCGAUGCGAUUCCGGGCAAACAUUGGGUGCUGCAGGUAUCCCAGGGGUCCGAAGAGGAUAGUAGCACAAAUCCCCCUGAAACACCCCGGCCACUCUUCUCGCGCUUUGGGUUUCACAGAACCCACGCUCGGCGGUUAGCACGGAACUUCCUUCUUGUGUUCGAUGACCCGGAUGAAUUGAGCUCCUGGUUGCUGGCUGUGCGAGCGCAGAUUGAGUCACGCGGUGGGAAGAAAUAUGUUUCUGAAAAGGUGUUUGAUGAGGGUAUGGAGAGCCAACUACGGACGAAGCCUAGCAUGCGCCAAAUGGUGAAGAAGGAUCCAAACCGAAUCUCAACAGCCUUUCUCCAGCCACGGCAGUCAAUGGUCUUUGAAGACAAGGAUUCGAGUGUCGGUGAGCAAUCGCGUCGGAGUUCGUACUAUUCAGUCCACCGCCGGUCGAUGGCAAUGCACCCAACGCCAGGGUCUCGCUCAGGGUCAGUUUCCACGGCUCAAACAGAGGCGACCAACGGGGAGGAUUCAAUCCGCAUCCCACCUGCACUUGCGUCACCGCCACUACCUGAUAGCAGCGUCGUCUCAGAAACAGCCUCCUCCAUGACCGGGCCGGUCAGCCCUACGUUUUCGAGCCCCAAGAAGCGGCAGUCGAUGUUCCUACCCCAGUCAACGAAUUCGGAGGCUGCGGAGAUACCUCGCGCGCAGUCUACGGUACCUGAUGCUCAUUUUCGAAGCGCCUCACCCCCCGCGCCGAACUUUAGCGUGCCACUUUUCAGCAGGAGAUUCGCAGCGCGGCAGGAAGCCCAGCACGUUAAUCACUUGCCAUCUGUUUAUGGCGAUCAUCGGGAUGACACUUCGAUUGAUGCCGUCUCCAUGCUUUCUUCCCCUCCACAAUCUCCGGCCCGGGAAGUUUUUACAAGUAUGCAAAUGGAUCCCCGCGAUCAGCGGCAACCACUGGAUCGCCGUGACCAGGCGAAGAAACAGCUCCGCACUUCAAAUUCUGAGGAUACUCUUGUGAAUGCCAAUCACAAUCGGGACCGCAACCGUCUCCGGUACUCUCAUUUGCCGGAGCAUAUUACGAUGUUUCCGGGCCCUCCCCACUCUCAACGUCCGGCUGCUCCAGUCGCUCCGGGUGGUGUCAAGUCAAGACCAAUGACCGCUUCACGUCCAUCGAAACCCUCAAUCGCGGAGAAUACACCAAGCCGUCCUUCAUCCGUUGUCAUGUCACGACGUAAGAGUCUGAACGGUCUCACCAUCGGGCCUCCAUCUGCGCCUCCUCCGAAUUGUCCUCUGCCGAAGAUACCAUCUGCAUUCAUUAAGCCCUCACCACAAUCCUCAUGGCCUGACCACUCCCCGCCAAUGUCUCCUGUCGAAGACGCCGAGAGGAGAAUCGCCACUAUCACCCCAAUUGACGCUACGCAUAGCAAUCUCCCACAAGCUUUACGAAGCGCGACGUCCAAAUAA